AUGCAAAAAUUCCUCUCCAUCGCCUACUCCGCUGAUGGCCAACAUCUCUUGGCUGCUGGUGACUCGAAGUUUGUCUGUCUCUACUCAGUGUCUGAGCGCCUUUUGGUGAAGCGCUUUGAACUAACCGUCAAUCUUUCUCUGGAGGGUGUACAGGAAGCGCAUGAUCGGCGUCGCUACCUCGCCACCUUUGGUGCAGAGGCUGCGGCAGCUCGUGCUGACCACCGCGACGCUCUGCUACUUCCUGGCGUCCGUUCCGGCGACGAUCAUUGUCGUCGCUGGUGGCGUCCUGACGUCCGUGUUGCAUCGGUCAGUUUUGCUCCCACCGGAGACGCAUUUGCAGUGGCGGCUACGGAGGGUGUGUUUGUAUACACUUUGGAGAAGGGAGGCCUGGUCAGUGGCCUUCUUGGUGGCGUCUCUAAAUGGCUCUUUGACACUAUGGCGGUGGAUGAGGAGACCACACCGUCCAAUGCGAGACUGCAGCUGGCGCAGGGCAACUUCUCUUCGUCACUGGACAUGGCCCUACGUUUACAAAUGCACAGUCUCAUAGAAGAAGUCAUUGAAGCCGUACCAUAUAGUUUGAGUGAGUAUCAUCCUUCUAUUCUCGACUUCGAAUCAUCUAUAAUCCGAUUUUGUUGA